UCCCUUGUUGUGUACGGAAGCCGAAAGGGCUGGGGGUAGACAUGGCGGCGCACCUUAAAAAGCGGGUGUAUGAGGAGUUCACAAAAGUGGUUCAGCAACAACAGGAGGAAAUUGCUACUAAGAAACUUCGACUGACAAAACCAAGUAAAUCUGCAGCACUCCAUAUAGAUUUGUGUAAAGCUACUUCCCCAGCGGAUGCUUUGCAGUACCUACUGCAGUUUGCCAGAAAGCCUGUUGAGGCAGAGAGUGUGGAGGGAGUGGUCAGAAUUCUUUUGGAACAUUAUUACAAGGAAAAUGAUCCAUCUGUGAGACUGAAAAUUGCAUCAUUGUUGGGUUUAUUAUCAAAGACUGCAGGAUUUUCGCCAGAUUGCAUUAUAGAUGAUGCCAUUAACAUACUACAGAAUGAAAAGUCUCAUCAAGUCCUAGCUCAACUCCUGGACACUUUGCUUGCGAUUGGCACUAAAUUACCAGAGAAUCAAGCUAUCCAGACACGAUUAGUUGAUGUAGCCUGCAAGCACUUGACAGAUACCUCUCAUGGUGUAAGAAAUAAGUGCCUGCAAUUACUUGGCAAUCUUGGCUCUUUGGAGAAAAGUAUCACAAAAGAUACAGAAGGUCUAACUGCCAGAGAUGUCCAGAAGAUUAUAGGGGAUUAUUUCAGUGACCAAGAUCCACGUGUCAGAACAGCAGCUAUAAAAGCCAUGUUGCAGCUCCAUGAAAGAGGACUGAAAUUACACCAAACAAUUUAUAAUCAGGCCUGUAAAUUGCUCUCUGAUGACUACGAACAAGUGCGCAGUGCUGCAGUCCAGCUUAUCUGGGUUAUCAGUCAGCUCUAUCCUGAAAGCAUUGUCCCAAUCCCUUCUUCUAAUGAAGAAAUCCGUUUAGUUGAUGAUGCUUUUGGAAAAAUUUGCCACAUGGUCAGUGAUGGCUCCUGGGUGGUUCGUGUUCAAGCUGCAAAGCUAUUGGGAUCUAUGGAGCAAGUCAGUUCUCAUUUCUUGGAGCAGACCCUUGACAAGAAACUGAUGUCAGAUCUGAGGAGGAAGCGUACUGCACAUGAGCGUGCCAAGGAACUUUAUAGUUCAGGGGAGUUUUCCAGUGGCAGAAAGUGGGGAGAUGAUGCUCCUAAGGAAGAAAUAGAUACAGGGGCUGUGAACUUGAUCGAAUCAGGAGCUUGUGGAGCCUUUGUUCAUGGGUUGGAAGAUGAGAUGUAUGAGGUUCGAAUUGCUGCUGUGGAGGCUCUCUGCAUGCUGGCCCAGUCUUCGCCCUCUUUUGCUGAGAAGUGCCUUGAUUUCUUGGUUGACAUGUUUAAUGAUGAAAUUGAGGAGGUACGUCUACAGUCCAUACAUACCAUGAGAAAAAUCUCAAAUAAUAUCACCCUCCGAGAAGAUCAACUUGACACUGUCUUGGCUGUGUUAGAGGAUUCAUCCAGAGAUAUUAGAGAGGCCCUUCAUGAACUCUUAUGCUGUACUAAUGUUUCAACCAAAGAAGGCAUUCAUCUUGCACUAGUAGAGCUGCUGAAAAAUUUAACCAAGUACCCUACUGAUAGAGAUUCCAUAUGGAAGUGCUUGAAGUUCCUGGGAAGUCGGCAUCCAACCCUGGUGCUUCCUUUGGUGCCAGAGCUCUUGAGCACCCACCCAUUUUUUGACACAGCUGAACCGGACAUGGAUGACCCAGCCUACAUUGCAGUUUUGGUGCUUAUUUUCAAUGCUGCUAAAACCUGUCCAACAAUGCCAGCAUUGUUCUCAGAUCACACCUUCAGGCACUAUGCCUACCUCCGAGACAGUCUUUCUCAUCUUGUUCCUGCCUUGAGGUUGCCAGGUAGAAAACUAGUGUCACCUGCAGUCUCCCCCAACAUCACACCCCAUGAGGAUCCUUCCCAACAAUUUCUGCAGCAAAGCCUCGAAAGAGUAUAUAGUCUCCAGCAUCUGGACCCUCAGGGAGCCCAGGAGCUGCUCGAGUUCACCAUCAGGGAUCUGCAAAGACUUGGAGAACUUCAGUCUGAGUUGGCAGGAGUAGCUGACUUCUCUGCUGCCUAUCUUCGGUGUCAACUACUUCUCAUCAAGGCAUUGCAGGAAAAGCUGUGGAAUGUUGCUGCCCCUUUGUAUCUAAAGCAGAGUGAUUUGGCCUCAGCAGCAGCAAAACAGAUCAUGGAAGAAACCUACAAAAUGGAGUUCAUGUACAGUGGAGUAGAUAAUAAGCAAGUGGUGAUUAUACAUCACAUGAGGCUUCAGGCCAAAGCUUUGCAGCUUAUAGUAACUGCACGAACUACUCGAGGAAUUCAGAAAUUUCAGCAGGAUAUGUCUAGAGUCGACCCUUUAUUUGGGAUGUGUGAAAAAUUUUUACAGGAAGUGGACUUUUUUCAGAGGUGUUUCAUCGCUGAUUUGCCCCAUUUGCAGGACAGCUUUGUGGACAAACUUCUUGACCUUAUGCCCCGACUCAUGACAUCCAAACCUGCCGAAGUGGUCAAAAUUCUACAGACCAUGCUGCGUCAGAGUACUUUCUUGCACCUCCCCCUUCCAGAGCAGAUCCACAAAGCUUCUGCUACUAUUAUUGAGCCAGCAGGAGAAUCAGAUAACCCUUUGCGGUUUACAUCUGGGUUGGUGGUGGCCUUGGAUGUCGAUGCAACCCUGGAACAUGUGCAGGAUCCUCAGAACACUGUGAAGAUCCAGGUCUUAUAUCCGGAUGGCCAAGCUCAAAUGAUCCACCCCAAACCUGCAGACUUCCGGAAUCCUGGCCCAGGGCGUCACCGUCUCAUCACUCAAGUGUACCUCUCCCAUACCGCCUGGACAGAACCAUGCCAGGUGGAAGUAAGGCUGCUGCUGGCCUACAACUCCAGUGCUCGCAUUCCGAAAUCCCCCUGGAUGGAGAGUGGUGAGGUAUCACCGCAGGUGGAGACAAGCAUCGAGGGCACCAUCCCCUUCAGCAAACCUGUGAAAGUCUACAUCAUGCCCAAACCUGCACGGCGCUGAGUCACAGUCUUCACAGCCAUGGUCGAGAAGGUCCUUCUUAGAUGUCAGUGAGCCAGAAGCCUAGAGAAGUCCACCUGGAAUUGACUUGUAGGGCACGUGACUCUUACAGACUCACUUGAUAUCACACAGAAUAAAUUAUUAUUUUUUUAUUUUUAAAAAAACAAAGCCCUUUCAGUUUACCUUUUCUUUCCACAUUAAUAGAGAAAACACCAAACUGUUCUAGUUUGGCCAUAGCUUCAGCAUUUAUACCACAUGCUUAUGUGCUUGAUUCUACGGUGUGAAACACAGACAACCAAUUUUCCAGCCACUUCCAAAGAACUUUAUUUAAGCCAUAAUCCUCUUUCUUGAAGUGAUAGUCUUGUUUACCACGGCCAAUUCUAAAGCUGCUUUAACAGCUGCACUUUUUUUAUGACUGAAAGUUCCUAAAGGACCUUAGACAUCCAUUAUCUUGCUGAGAGGCCUCUUCCCUAACGCAGUCGAUGCCUGGGCCAACGACUGAAUAGCUGGAGAAUGAAUCAUUUCCAUCCUGAGGGAGAUUCUUAAUCUUGCCUGACAUUAUCCUUAGAACCUCUUCCUUUAUUAAAAUAAUAUAGAAAAGCCAUAUUUUAGAAAAGAAAUCAGCAUUAUGGGAAAGAGGGACCCAGCAUAAGAAAUAAAGUCAUUUCCUGCUGCAUCCAUGAUGAGUUGGAGCUGUGUGUGAAUAACAGGUGCAGUUAUGAUGGAAUUAUAGUCAGUGCUACAGAGCUUAACCAUGUGGUGGGACCUGUGCUGUAUGCUCUACCUAUCAUUUAAUCUUUACAACAAAUGAGGCUUAGAAAUUAAGUCACUGGUGGGAAAACUACAAAAAGUAGUUAAUCUUAUAUUCAUUCAAAUCCAAGAAGAUCCCAGAGACCUAAACUAUUCCACCUCAGAGAAUGCAUGAAUGCUGUGAUUUGAAUGUGUCCCCCAAGGCUCAUGUCUUGGAAGCUUAAUCCCCAAAGCAGCAGUGUUAGGAGGUGAGUUCUCAUGAAAGGCAAUGAGGUCAUGGGGGCCUUGCCUCCGAUGGAUUAAUGUCAUUACAUGGGAAUGGGUUAGUUAUCACAAAGCAGGAAGCAAGUUUGGCUUCCUGCUGUUUCUUGCCCUUUUACCCUCUGCCAUGGGAUGACAUAGCACAAAGACCCUCACCAAGAGCCAGCACCAUGCUUUUGGAAUUUCCAGCCUCCAGAACUGUGAGCCAAAUAAAUUUCUGUCCAUUAUAAAGUACCCAUUCUUGGGUAGUUAGUUACAGCAGUAGAAAAUGGAGGAAGACAGUGGCAAUGAGGUUUUAAGUCUUCAGUUUCCUCAUCUGUAAAAGAGAAGUAAUUAUAUGUCAAGGGAGUCUUAAUCAUAUUUGGUACUUGGAAAGCUUAUAAAAAUAAUAGCAAGAUUACAUAAUUACUUGGAGGUGGAGUUGGAAUUUAAAUUCAAGCAUGUUGUAAAUUUUUGAUGCACUACUGUGUGCCUAACCCUUUGCACAAUUAACUUAAUUAACCCUCACAAACAACCUGUGAAGUAGGUCCUGCUCUCUUCAGUUGAAAAUAUUGCAGUGGAAGUUCAAAGAAAUUAACUUUCCUAGAUCAUGGAACUUGAACUCUGACAGGCAGUCUGGCUUCAAGAGGUCAUACCUGUAUAGAGGGAGGAAGGGAAAUCUCCAGGGGAUGGACUUUUCUAGUGUGCUCACCUGUUGUAUACAUCUCAAGGAUGUCACAACAGAUCCUCAGGUCAUCACAGCAAGAUGUGUCCAGAAAAAGGUGUCUUUUGUGGAAAUAAAAUGAAGCUCAAAGUCAGCUGAAUCGUAUUGAGGCCCCAACCUGAUGGCAGUUGAUAGGUUGGAGCAUAGAUUAAAAACAUGAAGACUUAAUGCUGCUCACUGAGCCCAUCAUGCCAUAACUGUUGAAAGCCUUCUAAAAGAAGAAUAUGCUGAAUACUUUUCAGAUACAAUGCCUCCUUUAUAAAAACCUUUUCAGAGCUAGGCAUGGUCGUGCAUGCCUGUAGUCCCAGCAACUCGGGAGGCUGAGGCAAGAGGAUCAGUCUGAGCAACUUAGUGAGACCCUCUCUCAAAAUGAAAAAUAAAACAUCCAAAAUGUAGUGAUUCUUCUCCUAAAAGUGGAUGUACAUUAAGGAGCAGAUUUUGGCUUAGUUAUCAGAAGAAAUUUUGUAAACUGUGAGAAUUGAACAGACUAUACUCUAGAAGGUAUGGAAUUUGCCAUGUUGGAUGGGUUUGGACGGAGGUUGAGCAAGCUUCUGUCAAGUCUGCUACUGAGGAAUUCAAUUAUUUGAGGGGGUGGGCUCAACCUUUUAAAUUCCUUGUACCCAUGAAAUUCAGGUUAUGUGAAAAUGAGAAUUUUUAAUUUUUCUUCAUCACAUUCCACAUUUUUUUCACUGAAUAUCUCAUAAAGGCCUGGAACGGAGCACAAAGUACCCUUCAGUGUGAUACCUUCAUUUUUAAGUGAAUAUGAGAGAGACUGAGCUAGAGUGGUAAAGCCAAGGCUGGAACACAAGCCUCCUGAUUCCUAAUGUGAUUUUAUUUUUUUGUAGUUGUAGAUGGA